CAAGGAUGUCUCACUACUCUUUCUCUCUCUCUCAUAACAACAGGCUUCCAAAAGCUGCCCCAAACUGUCAGAAUAUAUAAAUGCUAAACAAGAAAAUGUACACAACUUUCUUUUAAUUUUCUUUUUCUUCUUAUUUCAAUUUUCCAUUUCUGUUUUUCAUGAAUUAAAUCCCCCCCUCUCUAUCCAUCCAUCUAUCCCUUCACAGAUCCUGCAACUCCAGAUCCGUGACUUCUCAAACCCUAGAUCAGUUUUCACCCUCACUUUCAGUACAAUUGUGCAAAGAAGUUGACUCUUGGAAGUGAGUUUUUUGGGUUGGUUUGAUUAUGGGUUGUGUUUGUGGCAAACCUUCUGCUAUUGAAGAUAGUAGAGAGAGUCCAAGGGAUAGAUACGGCGUUAAAACUUCAUCGGAAUUGAGGGUGCCUAGGGUUACUUCAUCAAGAAGAGAAGAUGUGUACAGGGUCAAAACUCAAUCAGAUAAUAAUGGUGGACCAAUGUUAGUUAAUAAGCAUGUUAAUGGCUCAGUCAGACUGCCCGGGGAUAAUUUUGAGAGGAAAAGGGAUAAGACUGAGUCUGUUGUUUCCACACACCAUCCUGCCCUGGGCAGUGUUCCUAGAGCGACCGAAGGUGAACAGGUCGCCGCUGGUUGGCCACCGUGGCUUGCGGUGGUUGCCGGUGAAGCUAUCAAAGGUUGGGUGCCUAGACGAGCGGAUUCUUUUGAGAAAUUGGAUAAGAUUGGGCAAGGUACGUAUAGUAAUGUCUAUCGGGCCCGUGAUCUCGAUCAGGGUAAAAUCGUUGCUUUAAAGAAAGUACGGUUCGACAAUCUCGAUCCCGAAAGUGUCCGCUUUAUGGCCCGUGAAAUCCACAUUCUACGCAAGCUCAACCAUCCAAACGUUAUAAAACUCGAAGGUCUAGUAACAUCUCGAAUGUCAUGCAGUUUAUAUCUCGUUUUUGAGUACAUGGAACAUGAUUUAGCCGGGCUUGCUUCUCACCCAAGUCUCAAGUUCACCGAAUCACAAGUCAAAUGCUACGUACGACAAUUAUUAAACGGGCUCGAUCAUUGUCACAGUAACGGUAUUCUUCACCGUGACAUAAAAGGUUCAAACCUAUUAGUCGAUAAUAAUGGCGUUUUAAAGAUAGCAGAUUUCGGUCUAGCAAGCUUCUUUGACCCAAGUCAAAGUCAACCCUUGACCAGUCGCGUCGUCACGUUGUGGUACAGACCACCUGAACUUUUACUCGGAGCUACUUAUUACGGCACUGCUGUUGAUUUAUGGAGUACCGGUUGCAUAGUUGCCGAAUUAUACGCUGGCAAACCGAUAAUGCCGGGAAGAACCGAGGUAGAACAGCUGCACAAAAUUUUCAAGCUUUGCGGAUCACCGUCGGAGGAUUAUUGGAGAAAAUCGAAAUUGCCUCAUGCUACCAUUUUUAAGCCUCAACAACCGUAUAAACGGGUUGUUGCGGAAACGUUUAAGGAGUUUCCGACACCCGCGUUAGCUCUCAUGGAGACGCUUCUUUCUAUAGAUCCUGCUGAUCGUGGGUCCGCCGCUUCGGCUUUGAAGAGUGAGUUUUUUACGACAAAACCAUUUCCGUGUGAUCCUUCAAGCUUACCGAAGUAUCCUCCUAGUAAAGAAUUUGAUGCUAAAAUGCGCGAUGAAGAAGCUAGGAGACAAGUUGCGGCUGGAGGCAAGGUUCACCGGCCCGACCCUGAACGAAGACCCGCAAGGGAGUCUCGAGCCGUUCCCGCACCCGACGCUAAUGCUGAACUUGCAACCUCUUUGCAGAAAAGACAAGGGCAGUCAUAUUCUCGUAGCGAAAAAUUCAACCCGCAUCACGAGGAUUCCGCUUCCGGGUUUCCAAUUGACCCACCAAGACCUUCUCAAGCUAUGGAAGAAGACCAAACCAAUAAUCUGCAUAAGCGGGCUUCACAUUCCGGGCCAUUGGUCCAACGGGCCGCCUGGUCAAAAGUCGGAAAAAAGGUCGAGUCAAACGGACCGGAUUUAUCAGCAAUGUCGGGUUUAGUAGCUGCGAGGAAAAGCAUGUUAUAUGAAGAGCGGAGAGACAGGGACAAAACCGGAACGUCACAACCGCCUCCACGACUGAUAAGUCGGUUUCCUGGUUCGCUUAAAGAAGCUUCUUCAAAUGCUGCCGGACCGCCUGAUGACGAUGCAAGAACAAUUAAUAAAGAUCCGGUUAAUAUCGGGUACGGAUCUAAGGGCAGCAAGAUCCAUUACUCGGGCCCACUACUCGCUCCCUCCGGGAAAGUUGACCAGAUGCUGAAAGACCAUGAUCGCCAAAUUCAAGAAGCUGUAAGGCGCGCACGCGAUAAAACCAAGGUGCGGAAAGUCCAGGUGGACAAUACAUUAUUUUCGGGUCGCUGAGCUGGAUAGCUAUUCAUACCCACAACACAAACACGGAUUAUGUAGGAACGAACAUUCAUGUAUAAUGAGCAAAAUGUUUAAACUUUUUCACCUGCCAUCUUUUCUGUAUAGUGGCAUCGGGAUAAAUUGUGGGUCGAUACUUGUUUUUUUUUCCUCGGGGUCUGGGAGAUGAUGGCGUGAGUGAUCGGUGAUGUUGGAUAUGAGUUUGAAGAAUGUAAUGUAAUCUGUAUUAUUAAGCAAUUGUGGUUGAUGCUGAGUUUCAGGUUUACUUGAUUGAAAGGGCAUUUAUGUAAUUUCAGUUUACGCGACCG